UAUUUUCGUCUACCAAAUUGAUCCAUCUUUCCUUAUUUUUCUUCGGAACACUUCAGAAAUUGGGACGGCGAGGAAGAGAGGAAAAAACUUUAAACUUUGUCCAGUGUGCGAUAUAGAAAUCGCAAAUUAGGAGUAGCGCAACAAUCAUCUGACUCCACUGUCUAUCAUGCUUUCAAUAGCUAGACGAGUUCAAAGAUCCCAUCCUUGCCUCCAAUUCAUUGGGCUUCAACUCCGUUCUGCUCAUGCCGACGGCGCUUCAUCCUCACCGCGGCGGCGGCGCUCCAAGUUUUCGCCGUCAGCAAUGUUGAAGAAAGUCGACGAGAAGUCGGAAUGGUGGGUGGUCGACGGCGAGAUGCACGAAAUUGGUGAAAAUGUACCACCCAGAGAGCGAUUCGUAAUACCAAGAGAGAAUAUCCCCAAUAAGCGUCGUAAGCAACUUCGCGACCAGUUCAUGCGCCGCACUCGCCUCGUUCUCAAAGAAUCUGAGCAUGAACCAUGGUGCAAAAGAUAUAUGGAAUUGUAUAACGAGAUGAGAGAGAACUGGGAGAGGCUAUAUUGGGAUGAGGGUUAUUCCAAAAAGCUUGCUCAAGAUCAUGCAAACUAUGAUUCUGCUGAGGAUGAUGAUGAAGAUUUCUCUCCAUACAGGAGAAGUAAACCUAAUGCUGCCCACAUGAAGGAACAAGGAGGUACGGGGAGAAAUAGGCAAGAUGAUAACUGGGAAAAGGUUAGCCUAGUCCGUGAUAAAUUUGAGUAUGACAGAGAGAGAAGAAUGAGAGAAAAAGCAUUUGCACCUAUGAGUGAAGCAAACAACAAUGGCAUGGACUAUUCAACUCCCAAGUACCAGGCCUUUGACACUCGGAGAUACAUCUCUGACAGCGAGAGUGACAUUGACUGACUGAAAGACUCACAUUUCAGAAACUAGCAUCAAUGGUCUCUUUUGUUUGCGAACAAUUUUCACAUGGCACAGAUGAUAACGUGGGAACAGGCAAGGGCAAUGUCGAAAAUGUACGAUAGAUUUCUUGGAGUCACCUGCAUGAGCUCAAUUCAGAUAUCCAGGAAGAAAUGUGCUUAGUGCGCUUUGCAAAUUUCGGAAGCAGACUUCUCCACUCUGUAACUUCUCUACUGCGCUACACUAUCUAUGGAAAGCUGAGAUUUCUUCAAGCAUGUUUUGUUAAGAAUGGUAGAUUGGGACUGUAAAUACACGGUAACUCCAACUGAGUGAUAAUGGUUAUGCUGCUGACACAAUCUCUUUUUGUGUUUAGCAAAACCUCUUUGAACUUA